AUAAUACCGCCAUUGAAGGAACUAAAAAAUCACAUCCCCAAUUUUCUGUUUUCUUCAUUUCCCUUGGCAAAUAUAUAAGUCAAGAGCACUCUUCUCCAAAUUUCUUUCUUCGUGUUUUCGUUUCGUCUCGUUCACCGUUACCUCACUUCAGUCGACCUCCGAAAGCGCCAACGUCGCACCUCCAGGUGCUGGACAAGACUUUGUUCCGUUGUGAUCGGUGCUCGUGGAUUCUUAUUUCUCAGUAAAUCAAGAUGGUUGUUCUUGCUGCUUCCAUUGUAAGCAAGUCUGGGAAAGUGCUUGUAUCUAGGCAGUUUGUGGAUAUGUCUCGUAUAAGAAUAGAAGGUCUGCUUGCUGCUUUUCCAAAGUUGGUAGGCACUGGAAAACAACAUACAUAUGUUGAGACAGAAAACGUUCGCUAUGUUUACCAGCCUAUUGAAGCUUUGUACUUGCUACUUGUAACAAACAAACAAAGCAACAUUCUGGAAGAUCUGGAGACACUGCGGCUGCUCUCUAAGCUUGUACCAGAGUAUUCUAUGUCCCUAGAUGAAGAGGGCAUAUGCAGGACUGCUUUCGAGCUGAUUUUUGCUUUUGAUGAAGUCAUAUCUCUUGGGCACAAGGAAAAUGUUACUGUUGCUCAGGUUAAGCAGUACUGUGAGAUGGAGAGUCAUGAAGAGAAGCUGCAUAAGUUGGUAAUGCAGAGCAAGAUCAAUGAGACCAAGGACGUCAUGAAACGUAAAGCUAGUGAGAUUGACAAAAGCAAGAUUGAAAAGGGUAGAGGUGACAAGGGAGGAUUUAUGUCUUUACAGUCGAUGGGCUCAGGAAGAAUUGAGAGUAGCUUUAGUGAUAUGAGCAUUUCUAGUAGUGGAAGUGGUUUUGGCAGUGGUUCUGGUUUUGGAUUGAGCACUGAUGUUGACUCAUUUUCUACCAAGUCUAAAGGUCGUCCACCUUCAGCAGCCAAUGCUCCUCCUAAAGGUCUUGGUAUGCAGUUAGGGAAAUCACAAAGGACAAACCAGUUCUUGGAGUCUUUGAAAGCGGAAGGUGAAGUUAUCCUUGAAGAUGUGCAGCCAAAAGCUGGCCAAUCUAGAUCAGCUGCCCCACCUCUAACUGAUCCUAUUACUUUGACUGUCGAGGAGAAACUCAACGUAACACUUAAACGUGAUGGUGGAGUCAGCAACUUUGAUGUGCAGGGAACUUUGUCUCUGCAAAUUCUUAAUGCAGAAGAUGGACAUAUCCAAGUUCAGAUUGAAACUGGUGGGAAUCCUGGCAUCCUUUUCAAGACACACCCUAACAUGAACAAAGAAUUAUUUUCAAAUGAAAAUAUUCUUGGCCUGAAGGAUCCCAAUAGGCCUUUUCCUGCUGGUACUGGUGAUGCGGGAGGUGUUGGUCUUUUGAAGUGGAGAAUGCAGAGCACAGACGAAUCAAUAGUGCCUUUAACAAUCAACUGCUGGCCCUCUGUUUCUGGUAAUGAAACUUAUGUCAGCAUCGAAUAUGAAGCUUCAUCAAUGUUUGAUCUGCGGAAUGUUGUGAUCUCAGUACCACUUCCAGCUCUCCGCGAGGCUCCAAGUGUGAGACAAGUUGAUGGUGAAUGGAGGUAUGACUCAAGGAAUUCCGUCUUGGAAUGGUCCAUACUUCUCAUAGAUAACUCUAGCCGCAGUGGAUCAAUGGAGUUUGUUGUUCCUCCAGCUGAUUCAUCUGUGUUUUUCCCUAUUUCCGUGAGCUUCUCUGCUACUAAUACAUUCAGUGAUUUGAAGGUUGUGAACAUCUUGCCCCUGAACGGUGGAGCUCCGCCCAAGUUUUCGCAAAGAACGCAGUUGGUCACAGAGAAUUAUCAAGUUGUGUGAGUGGAAUACCCUUUUUUGAUGUCGAUUAAAUAGUUCGUCUAGAGUUCCUCUUUCGACCCUUUUAUAACUCGGUUUAAGGUCUAUGAUGACAAUUAUUUUUGUUUUAGAGAGGUGAACGUGAGGGAUGCUUAUAAGAAUCCAAUUAUUUCGGUUUGAAAAAUAUGAACACGAGGGAAUUGCCUGAAAGAAUGAAUAUUUUAUUUUAUCGACAACUCUUUUAUUUGAUUUAU